GAUCCUUCAAGUCGGAAGGGAUCGGUACAGUAUUAUCAUGCAUUUCCGCCACUUGGAGUGCUGUAAGACAUUACAGUCUUAACUUGUUUCACUGUAGUUACCUCGUCUGACAUAACAUUAGCAUGUUGUCGGAUUCCGGCUACAUUUAUGUAGCUUCUCAGCCGCUUGUCUAGCUUCGCUCGGCUGCUAAUGAGAUCUACGAGCGGCCAAAGCUCGGCCACUGAAUGCCUCGGAGAAAGAAGAACGGCCAAAGCCCGGCCAGGGUCCCCGGCGGGCCGCCAGAGGGAGGAAGGCUCGGCCACAACACAGGCACUCGACCACCGCAGGAUUCUGACGGGUCAAUGGCGAACAACUUCACCCCCAACAACUCCGUCCCCAGCUCAGUCAAGGAGAGUAUCGUCAGGAGCAUGGAGGAGAUGUUCUCGCACCUGGACCCCGAAGUUAUUUACAUCGUGCUGUCCGAGUGUGACUUCAAAGGUAACUUCAGCUCUGAACAUUUACGACGAUAGUUGACAUACCUGCUGCUGUGUGACUCUUGGUCAUGAUUAACUGAAACUGGGCUAAUGAGUUAGCCUAGCAGCACCGUUACAAGGUGGUUUAACAGUGGUGGAGUGUAAUGUAUCCCACAAGUAUCAGCUGUCACGUAAAGCUAAACUUUACACACCUUGAUUUACCACCUGUUGUGCCUUUUCACUCAGGUCAGUGGUUCAUAAGCAGGUUUCUGUCAUUUGUCCUGCCUGAACAAGCUCGUCAAAUCACACAGAAAUACGUACAAAUAAGAAUAAUGUGCUGACACUGAACUGAACCACCAAACAGAGCUGUGGGGCUAUCCUGCAACUGAACAAUUAUCGUCAAAAGUUAAAAAUUAACUGGAAUGUAUUGAAUAUAGGGCAGAUUUUUUGAGCAAAUAUGUUACCACUGUAAUGGUAUGGAUUAAAUGGUCUUCAUCAGUGUAGGUAUCAGUAUUGAUAGCAGUAAAUAAAGGGUUGUAUAAUCACAGUAUAGUUAAAGUUCAUCAGCUUUUUAUUUUUUCAACAGAGUUUGACAUCUUUUUUACAUUUAUAUUUCUCUUCAGUUAUAAAGAAACUGAAACAAUGAAUCAUCUGUGGGUUUAUGUUUAAAGGGAUAUUCAGGCGUAAAAUUAAUUUAGAGUCAAGCACACCAUAACACCGAGUUAGACACCCCCGUCGAGAGAUUAAUGUUGCCGACCACUUGCUUCUCUAGUUAUACCAACUUUAGUAAUGACCGCACAAUAGCAAUGCACAGCCAUCAGAGGAGCCAUAAACAAACCUUCCAGCAGCCACUUGUUUGUAGCGAGACCUCCGGGCAAGUCCAUUACGGACUGCUGCGGGGGGGGACGCAGCUCAAGGAAGAACAUUUAUGAUCAUUUUUUUCACGGAAAUGCAAUCAGACUGAGACACUAAGACAGAAGAACUACCGUGUCUGCAGUGCAAAGUGAUUAUUUGGUGAUUAUUACUUUCAUGAAAUGAUAAAGAAAUGAUCAUGAGAAUCAAGCGGUCUGCAACACUCAUCUCUCUAGGGGGUGUCUAACUCGGUGUUACGGUGUGUUUGAGCCUAAAUUAAUUUCACACUGGAAUAUCCCUUUAACUGACUAACCUGCCUUUUUCUUUCUCUCCAUGUUGAUGUUUUCUCUUUUUUGCCUCCAGUUGAAAAUGCAAUGGACUCCCUCUUGGAGCUGUCCGUGGCUGCUGAAGUUGCAGCACCUAUACCCUCUUCUGUCUCUGGCUUUGAGCUCACUGCUGCAGCCCUGCUCAGCCCAAACCACCGUCCUGAGCCUAAAGCAGACCCAGACUCUUCCAGACCCUUGCACCUGGUCUCGUCUCCUCCCCUCCUGACAGAAGAACUAGACUUAUUGGUGGAUCAGGAGCUAGAAAUACUUACUACACAGCAAAACAAUGGUGCAGAGCACCAUGGCAGCCAGUACUCAUCCACUUUUACUCCACCGCCAUUCCCACAGCAGGACCUCCCAGAGCUGCUUCAGUCCAGCCUGCAGCCUGGAUCUAGGAGCCUUUCCAUCCCUCAGCAGGGCCCAGUGGGUGGCCAAGUGGAGAGUAUUUCAGGAGCUUCUUCUCCUCUGGACCAGCUCAGCAUUUGGGAGGACAAGGCUGCUGAGGAGCAGGGACCCAUGGUGAAUUUCACACAUCUGAUGACAGAGCUGUCUGCUGACACAACAAAACCUCCUCUAGACCUGGCAGUGUCAGGGCGCCCCUCAGCUUUCCAGGUGUAUAAAAAGCAAGACUCAUCACAGGCUCCCUCAGACAUAGACAGGAUUGUGUCCUCUAACACAGUCAUUGGGGGGGCUAGAUCCAAGGUGAACACAUCUAAUCAGGCUGUGCACAGCUAUGUGCCAUCACCUUGGAACCCAGAGGCACCAGUGUUUUCCCCCAGUUUACAUGGAAAUCAGAGACCAGCUUUCAUUACCCCUGUGGUUCAAACACCAUCCAACUGGCCCGGCUUACCCAGACAUCCCUCUCCCUGGCUGGGUCAGGGUCCUGGGAACCAAGCACCUUUCAAACCCUCUGCCACCAUCCCAAAGUCCUGGGCCAUGCACACUGCUGUUCAUCCCCCUCCUCGGCACAGCAGACUACAAUUGGAGGGGAAGGUUCUGGUUCUGCUGCGUGGGGCUCCGGGGUCUGGGAAGUCAACCCUGGCAAGGUAAGAAUGAUGGGAUACUCCAGAGAUGCUGCUCUCUCCAGUAUUUAAAAAAGUGUGAAAUAAUGCAGUAUUUUUGUUGAGUAGAAACUUGUGGCACUGAUGUCCUCACUUGGCUACACAGUGGUCUAAGGAGCCAUACAUAAACCUUAACUAAAAAGCCACUCUAUAGUCACAAAUAAUGCUCAGCACCUAACUUCAUCAACAGUAAAUAUAGUUUCCCAGCCACAGCAACAGUCACCAAACAUCUUUUUAACUUUGCCUGAUUUCUUUAGCAAAGAGACUAAACACAACUCACCUACUCUCUUCCAACUGCUGCUUGUUUUUACGGAGACCUCUAGGCGAGUCCAUCGACUGCAGCCGGGGGACGCAACUCAAGGAAGAACAUUUAUGAUCAUUUCUUUAUCAUUUCCUUGAAGUAACAAUCACCAUAUUAAUCAUUUUGCACUGCAGACUCAGUCGUUCUUCUGCCUUAGCGUCUCGGUUUGAUUAGAUUUUCCAUGAGGAAAUGAUCAUAAAUGUUCUUCCUUGAGCUGCAUCCCCCCUGCAUAGUUACUGAAGUUGGUAUAACUAGAGAAGCAAGCAGUCGGCAACACUCAUCUCUGGAGGGGGUGUCUAACUCGGUGUUGUGGUGUGUUUGACCCUAACUUAAUUUUACGCCGGAAUAUCCCUUUAACUUCUCUGGUGCUGCAAUCCCCUUGUCAGAUCAGAAUUUUUCCAGUUCAAGACAGUAUGGGGUGUUUUGCUUACAAGAUAGCUGCUCCAAACAAUGGCAUUUUCACAAUAAAAGAUAAGAACUCUAAGGGUUAGAUACUUAGCAAGGACACCACAACAGUACAAAUAGAUUCUUACAUGAUAUCACAGGCACUUACACACAGUAGUCAUGGAUUCUUGUUUUACUAAAGCAACAUGUGGUACACCGCUGGAAAGAUGUCUUUGUGCAUGUUUGCAGAGCCUUGGUUGAGCACAACCCAGGAGGAGUCAGCCUGAGCACUGAUGACUUUUUCAUUCACCAUGGAAGAUAUCUGUUUAACCCCAAUGCUCUAGGAGAGGCUCAUGAGUGGAACCAGAAACGAGGUAAACAAGAAAUGGCUCAGCAGUGGAAAAUCAAAACCCCUUUAAUAAAAAGGGGUAAUAAGAUUUUGUCUGUGUAUUGCAGAUAUGACCUCUUAUGAGCUGCUUUUGUACCAGAAUUACACUGAAGCAACAAAAUAUUUAUCUGUCUUGAAAAUUUCAUCCCACAGCCAAGGAGGCAUUUGAAAAAGGUGCUAACCCAGUCGUCAUUGACAACACCAACAUGCAGGGCUGGGAGAUGAAACCCUAUGUGGCUCUGGUUAGUCAAUAGUACAUAAAGUAUGCAAAUAUAUCUCUUGUCCCUUUCUCACGGUGUUGUAACAGUCUCUCUCUUCCUUCCCAGGCACUGAAACAUGGAUACAAAGUGCUGUUUCGAGAACCAGACACUUGGUGGAAGAACAAGCCCAGAGAAUUGGAGAGGUGAGAGAUAUUACAUCAAUGCAAAGUUAGCAUCUGACUUCAACAAAACCUGUCAACUGGAUUGAUUUUUAAAAGGGGAAAAUACAGUAGAAAGCUGUAAAAGCAUCUUUACGCUUUGUGUUGUUACUUUGUGUGUGUUUAAUCACAUUUGCAGGCGUACCACACAUGAUGUGCCGGUGGAGACAAUCCGACGUAUUCUUAAUGGGUACGAGCGCUUUGUCUCAGUACAGUCAAUUAUGGGUUCACAGAUGCCUGAGCUCAAACAGCGCCAACUUCUGGAGGACAGAAAUUCACAGUGAGUGCAGCUUUGAGCUACAGAUUCAAGGAAAAACUGCAUGAAGUGUAAACAAGGUUUUUGGCCAAGACUCUAGAACAGCUGUAAAGCAUACUGGUAUAUUUGUGAUAUAUCUGGUGGCACUGAUUAUACAGAUCAAAAAUGCAGAAAUACAGACACAAGUAUUCUCAUAAUUUAAAAAAGUAUUAAAUCUUGUUUUGCAUGUACAAAUAAUAAGUCUUUUUGAAAGUUUCUUUGCACAAAUGAUCCAAACUUAAGCAAAAUCAGGCAAACACACGAUUAUUUUUUUCUUUUUUCUUCAGACCGGGGUCCCUGAAACCAUGUCCUGACCUUGUGGGGCAGCCUGAAUUGACAGAAGAAUGUAAAAAAUUGAACCCAGAGCUCAUUUCGUCUCUCCCUGACGUCUCAUCCAUUGGUAGUUCUGCUGACGUUGUAAUGCUGGAAGAUGGUACCAACAAAUCUUCAGAAUCCCUUAAUUUUCAGACUGCUGAGAAACUCACAGAAAAGCCUGAAAUGAUAGAGGAUGACGAUGAGAUAGAUCUAGGGAACCUAGAUUCUGAGUUAGAUGCCCGACUAGGUCUGAAUCCUCCUGGAGAUCAGAGAAUCCCUGACUGUAUUGUGGAGUCAGUGAUGAAUGUGGAACAACAUGGGGAAGAAGUGCCUGUGGCUUUCUCUGAGUCUAUUGGACAAAGAGUGAGGAGAGAGCGAGUCAGUAGGAGGUCUGGUUUUGAUAAGAUGGAGCCUGCAGAUCUAGUAAAGGAUACUAACCAGUCAGAAGAGAAAGAAAAGACAAAGGAAACAGAAGGGAAUGAGGCCUAUAAGGAAACACUCAAUAUGUUGGACUUUGUAGGAGAUUGGCCAACUGAAGGGCCCCUCCAGCAGCGGCAGGUGAGGGGGGGAGAGAGGCUUAAAGACGGAUGUUUAAGGGAAGAUAAAAGUGUGUCUCAGGAGGAAAAUAAAACAAAAGAGAAGUUUGGGCCCAAUGCGGCAGAGUUUCAGAGGCUUCUUGAUCUUAUUCAGACAGGUGUAGCUGCCAUCCAGACGGACUCCUCACAUUCGUCCCCCAUUUCCCUCAGCUCUGGAGAGGAAUCAGCAAAAGAAGAGGAGGUUGCAGGCAAUUCUGGGGAAUCAAAUAGCAGUAGAUCUAGCAGUGAGGCUCGAACACAACACGUAAACAGGGUUAUCAGCAGCCGAGGAGAAUUGCCUGACUGUGUGUUAGACUGGAAAGGAGCUGACCCCUUUAAGGAUAUGGAAUCACAAUUUGAUAAUUGGGAGAAACUUGAUAGGACAGACGCGGUCAGAGGUAUAGCUAAAACGGAUAAUCAUGUGUCGAAUAACGGCAGAGAAACAGGAAUUGCGGAUUUGAAUCCAUGCAACCAAACAAGUCCCCUCUCAGCUGAUUCACUGAGUAUCUCCAAAGCUGAGGAGAACAAUCUUUCCAAGGAUGAAAGAGGAAGCAACAAAGUUCAAGGUGAGGUUGUCACAGAUCCUGAUGGUUCUUGUCAGACUGAUAAAGACUACACAGAGAUUAAAUUUGCAGCUGAUGGAGGUCAUGCUAGUGAGGUGAGUCAGAGUCCUGCGUUAGAGAGUGCUCCUGAAGUAGAUGGCGGCGUUUUCAGUGGAGAGGGUCAGGAGAAGAAGCAGCGUCAGGGCCGUAGAUCGGGGAAACAGUGUAAACUGGCCCUCACGUUUACACAAAACUGCCCUGCUUCCUCACCUCACACUCCUGAGGGGCCCGCCACUGUCACUAAUGUAAACCUCAAUCAAGAUAGUGUCAAACCAGAUGUUGAACUAAACUGUCCUACCAGCCAGAACCCUCAACCAAACCUUGACCAGUUCAAUGAGUCUAAAUCUGACGGACACCAGCAGACACCUUCCUCACCUCCUCUGGUCGACUCAGGCCACUUUACCCAGACAGCACCAGAGGACUUCGCCCUCCUUUGGCGUCUUAAUCAUCGAGACAGCCCCGGUGAUACCGCUGUCACUCUGUGCAGCCACCCUAGUGACAUCACUGUCCUGUCUGGAGAAUCUUCUCGCUUUGUGCCAGAACUUUCUCACGCCGUUUCUGCAGCUGUUGCAGUUCACCCGUCCGGCCACACGGAGGUGCCCUACCGCGUGGUGCAUGAAAAAGGCUCACAGGUAGAGGAGAGAGAGUUUGGAGCAACUCAAGAUCGCCUUGAGAGUCUGCGCAUUCUCAGCCGCCACUUUAAACUAGUUAGUUUUGAUACAUUAGAGGAUUUAUACGACAAAUGCCAUCAGGAUCUGGAAUGGACGACCAACCUGCUGCUGGACUCAGGAGAGAGGUUCUUUAAAGAUGAGGAUAUUUUGAAAGAGAUGGAGGGAACUAAAGACGACCUUACAACAUUACAUUUGUGUGGAGCUCUGGAUAUAGCUGUAGAUACAAGGCUGCAUGCCACUGAGUCGGAUGGGGAUCACCCAGAGGAUUUGUCUGCUGCAGCUGAGGAGGGAACUCAGCAGACGACCACCGAGGCGGAUAAAAAGUCAGUUGUGAACACCAAUAACAGCGAUGUGCUUGGAGUUGGAGAAGCAGCUUCUCUAGCUCCAAACAAAGGCCAUCCUGAUGUGACCUCAUCCUUCGAAAUACCUCCUGAAACAGAACUCAGACCCCUACAGGUAGUUAAUGAAGAAAAGGGAAGUGUUGACACUCAACAAAAACUGACGUCAGGAGUGAACCUUGAAGGUGGUGCUCGGGGUCCAAUCUUUGAUGAUGAUGAUGGUGUGAUAAUUGAAGAGUCUAGAGUGGAGAUUGAUGAGGAAAUAGCCAGCAUGGACGAGAUUCAGCGGCUGCUGCAGGCUGAGCUAGAAGAGAUGGAUAGACUGGAGAAAAAAGAGAAGAAGAGUCUGAAAGAGGGAAAAAGGAAACAACAUCUGGACAUUCAGAGUGUGGAGCUCAAACUACCCACAGAGGUGGCGCUACAGCUGACUGAACUAUUUGGUCCUGUUGGAGUAAAUCCAGGUAUUUAACACAAAAUACAAAGUUGACAUUCAGAGUGAGUCCCUUCAUCUGUUUAACACUUUCUAUGCAGCCUACUCGGACAUGAAAUACCAAACCAGUUCAAAUAAGAUUUCUGCUGAUAUCAUACUAUAACAUACCGGUGUCUCUAUCCUCCCUGGUUCUCAAUAUUCAGACUCGUGCUCCUCUGAAGACUAUGCAGUGGAAAUGGACCUGAACCUCGCCAAGCUGCUCCACCAAAAGUGGAAAGAAACCAUUCAGGUGAGCUAAUGUUCGUGUUUUAUAACAAGUAUCAUUACAGUUACUCUUGAUCACUGAGGUAGCUGCACAAGAUGUAAGUUACUGCCUUUUUUAUUAUUUAGGAGUCAAACUUAAACAUCAGUUUUCUUACUGUUGUUCUUGUGCACUUAUAUUCUACAUACCUGUGUGUGAUUCUGUUGUUUUGACUUGUGUGCUGUUGUACAGGAAAAGCAGAGACAAGCAGCCCUGUCUUUUCACUUGCUUCAGGAGGGUAAGUUUACACACACACACACACACACACACACACACACACACACGAAACUGUAACUGUCUCAUCCUGUUACUUUAAUAAAACACACAUUAACAUUGAUUAAGGAAAAAAAAAACUCAUAGCAUUAUUGUAUCUUUAAAUCCGUAGGCUCGGUACACCGGGGUGACUCACAGGGGGCCAGUGCAGGUGGUCAGAUGACACUGGAUGGCCACCCAGAGACCAGGGAUCAAAUCCCUUUCAUGGACCACUGGAGUGUGUCCCGCCCACAUGUUUCUCUACGGGAGAUCAUAAAAGAAGAGCAAGCACUGCAGGACAACGUUGAAAAGGUUUGCCACACAUAUAUCUUAAAUAAAAAUAAUUAGCUCGUUCUUCUCCAAACACCCAGUCCUAGACUUUGUUCAACCCUUUUUUCUUUUAGACCAGACAGAGCCGUGCAGACCUCGAUCGGCGGGACGGAGCCGCCAUGUUAAAAGAAACUCAGCUGUACGCCCUCUUCCCCCACAUAGACAGGCAUUUUCUUCUAGACAUCUUCAGAGAACGAAAGUGAGAAAUUAACUUUGACACUGGUGGAGAGAAACUCUACGAAGCUCUGCAGAGCUGAUAUGACUAUCUUCACGAUGUGUAUCUGUUUGAUGUGCUGGGUACUGUUCUACACUCUAUACACUAACUUAUAAAUGUUUCUGUUUUUAUGUAGUUACAACCUGACUGAGACUGAGCUAUUUCUUCGCUCUCUUCUGGGCCAGGAGCCAGUCAAGACAGUGGUCGCCCCAGAGGCACCUCAGUCCAACCAUCUCAGAUCAGCAAGCAAAGAGAGGGAGAAGGUGUUCACAUUCACACCUGAAAGCUGAUAGUCUACAUUCAAAAAGAAUCAAUACUAGCCAGUUAAAAAUGUAAAUCUCACCCUUCACUGUCUCACUUUACUCUGUAUUAUCAUUUGUCAGAGGCAAAGGCCUGUGGAGUUAACAGUUCCUGACUAUCAGGAUACAGAGGAUCCAGAGUACGAGGAUUUCAGGGCCGAGGCCACGCUGCAGAGAAAACGACAGAUCGAGAAUUUCGCAAAGGCUGCUGAAGCUUUCAAACAAGGACGUAGAGAAGUGGCUUCAUUUUAUGCACAGCAGGUGAGGAGUAUUAGUUUUUACCUGGGAGGGAUGUUAUCGAACAGACACAAUGUCCUCCAACAGUUGACUCUCCUCUUAAUGAAGUUAUCGUAUCAUCCUUACUGUAGGGACACAUGCACGGUAAACAGAUGCGUGAGGCCAAUCAUCGCGCCGCAGUUCAGAUUUUUCAGAGGGUCAACUCAUCACUGCUGCCAAGAAACAUCCUGGACCUCCACGGGCUGCAUGUAGAUGAAGCUAUUGAGCAUCUAGCCCAUGUCUUACAGGACAAAAGCACAGGUAGAGAAGAUAACCUGUAGCAUAUAUGCUCAGUUUGAUGAGAGAAGAAGGUUUGGCGUCUCUGUGUGAGAUACUAAUGCUCAUUACAGAUCAUCUUAAACUGGAAAAGUACUGGUAUCUUAAAUUCAUGUGUGUCACGGCUAAAAUGUGGUGAAUAUAUAUCUCAAUUUUUCAAGUUCACAAAGUAAAAGAAAAAAAAAAGGUAGAAUAAUUAUGUGUCACAACUGUUUGAUUUCAGUUUUGUGUCCCUGAACUUAAGUAAAGUUUUAAAAAACUUAUGAUACGACAAGCCUUAAUGAAGCGAUCCAGUUUUUUUUUUACUGCAGGGGCUCUAAAAUCCCCACAACCUGAAAGUUCCUGGCAGGAGUUUGAAUAAUGAUGUUUGUAGAUCUCAGUAUCUCUCCUCUGUGCUCCCCUUAACAGUUUUCUCUCUGUUCUUUCUGUGUAGAGUAUGAGCAGGGUCUGUGUAAACCUCAGCUCUCUAUCAUCACAGGAAGAGGAAACCACAGCCAGGGGGGCGUGGCCCGCAUCCGCCCGGCUGUCAUAGACUACCUCACCAGCAAGCACUACAGGUACACACACACACACACACACACACACAUUCACACACAGACACACUUCACUUAACACUCAUACAUGGCAAGUUCACUGUCGCCCACCUUCUCUCCUAUCUCUUUAUCUGUCAGGUUCACGGAGCCAAACACAGGCCACGUGUUAGUCUCUCUGAAGUGAAAGGAACCUGGUUCAUGGAUUUCAAGCUGCUAUGGAGGAAAACACACACAUGAUGCACUACUCUCUCUCUCUCUCUCUCUCUCUCUCUCUCUCUCUCUCUCUCUCUCUCUCUCUCUCUCUCUCUCUCUCUCUCUCUCUCUCUCUCUCUCUCUCUCUCUCUCUCUCUCUCUCUCUCUCUCUCUCUCUCUCUCUCUCUCUCUCUCUCUCUCUCUCUCUCUCUCUCUCUCUCUCUCUCCCUCCCUCCCUCUCUCUCUAUCCCUUCACAUAACCAUAACCAAAUUACAUAGCCACUACACUUAAACACACACACUUACACUCAGCCAUAUAAGGACUGCAUCAACCUGAAAUAAGAAUAUAUUUUUUUAUAUUUACUAAAAAUUUAAGUACAUUUUAACUCUGCAAACAUCUUAUAGCACACGCUCUCAUUUACAUUCAUGUUUGUGCCUUUUAGAACAAACCUCUUUUUGAGGGCUCCACAGAAGAAGAAGAAGGAAAUUCUUGUAAUAAUUUUAACAUUUUCUAAGUUAGAGUCAUGUUGGAAACACAAUGACAGAUUUUAUCAAAUGUAUUUAAUCAUGAUCGCAUGCUGCCUGGAGUUUUUUCACUUGGAGUUGAGAAAAUGUAAAAAGAACGUUGAAGCAUGCCACCAGAUUUGAGAUCAUUGUGUGAAAAUGUAUCAGAAAGCAGAAGCUAAGGGGGAAUUUUGGGUCGUUUUGGGUCGUAAAGUGGUGAGUCUUCAUCUCAUCAUCGGAUGAUCAGGAAGCCUUUUAAUAGUUCGAUCAACCUUGACUCUGAUUUCAUCAUCAUUUUUUAAAAUUUCAGCGCUGCCUCGGCCUCUUAUUUUUGUUUGCUUUAGAUUAAUGCCAAACUAAUGUGCUGCUGCUUAAGAUUCAAACUCAGGAAAAAAAACUUCCAAGUGUUUCUUGAUCUUUAAGGCCAGUCUUUUUUCCCAGCCUGUUCCUGGUAGCUUUUUUUUUUACCCCACUGUGCCAAAUAUUGUAGUAGUUUUAUCACUCAGGUUGCUACAAUAGCUUUGUAAGUUGGAGUAACUUUGUUUUUAUCUUUGUGAUAUUUUUCACAAAGUUUUGGAAAGCAUUGUUGAAAGAAUAUUUUGAUUGUAAAUAAUUUUGUUAACACAUGAAGAUUGUAUUUUUUUAUUCAACUGUUUGAAUUGUUUUAAAAAUGAUAAUGUACUGCGGAAUAAAAUCCCAACUGUUAACUGUUUAAAACCUCUUGCUGUGUGGGUCUCCAUCUAAAUAUUCAUAAUUAAUAAUUAAAAAUCAGUCAGGAAUUAAACAAUUUUAAAUGACAA